AGAAAGAAAGGGAAGGAGGGGGGGAGGGAGGGAGGGAGGGAGGGAAACAGGCAGAGAGAAAUGUGCAGAGUGAAUUUGCUACAGGUAGGUCUCCAGCUGCUUGGCACAUAGCCAGGCUCACCCAGGAUAAGGACCCUGCCAGGUCUGUGGCUCGUGCCUCCUCCCCUCCUGCUGCCAUCCUGCAAUGGGCGCAGACAGGAUGCCAGCUUCUCUUCUGCAAACCCCUCUCCAGCCUCUGCUUCAGCCUGACUGUGCAGGGUGGGGACUGUGGGGACUGGGAAGCCAGGUGCCCAGAGGAACCCCAGAAGCUGUGCCAUCAUCAGCAUCUACCUGGCCAAAGCCCGCUGGUGACCCCAAUUCAAAGGCAGGCCAGGCCCGCUGUCCUGCCCUGGAUCUGAGCUGCUCUGGCCCCAUCGCCUGCCCAUACCCCCACUCGCAGGCCUAGGUUGGGGAGGCAGGGUGUUUGGGACCCUCACUCUCCUUCCUGAAUCUUCUGAGUUGACUAAAAGCAAAACAGGAGUGGGUUUCUCUAUCUGCUGAGGGUAGGGAGCACCCUAGCCAGACUCAGGGUGUACCGGAUGGACAUGACUUGUUACCUAGGCCUGCCACGGGGCUCUGCACUUGGCCUUCGAACGUGGGCAAGCCAGGGGGCCUCCAGGCCUCUCUGGGGCUGCAGAUCUGACCUGCACAGCCUUGGCCAGUGUCUCUGAGUCUGGGUAAAAUGGGUCUUCCCCUCCUGGAAGAGAUGCUGCCCCCUGGUGGUGGAUCUACUCUGGGAGAGAAAAUACUCCCAGCUGGCCUGAUGCCCAGGCACAGGCUUCUCCUAAACACAGGUCUCCCCACCUGUCAGGAUGUCCAAACGGAGUUGGUGGGCUGGGUCCAGAAAGCCACCAAGAGAGACGCUGAAACACUCAGGCGGGUAAAAAGAGCAGACCUCUGACCUCCCAGGGCACAGUCCUUGCUGCCAUCCUGGGGCAUCCUCCUGCGAGUCAGGUGCCGGGGAAGCCAUGGUCAGAGGCCAGCAGCGGAAGCAGAAAGUAGAGACCCCCCGGCCAGUGCACCUGUGGGCCGGCGGGUCAGGGAGGGUUCAGGCAUUCAGGAUGAGCAGAACUCACCUGCCAAAGCUGGGGCUGAGGAGGAGCUAGAAUCCCAGAGACACAGUACCCCCACCCCUCACCACCCCUGUCACUCAGACAUCACACUUCAGGGGCAGAACAGAAAACCCAGAGCCUCACCCAGGCAGAGCUCACAUCCCAUUCCCCGUCAUGGUGCUGACCCCAUCCUCCCAGCUCUGAGGAGCCUCAGAUCUUCCGGGUGGCAGGGGUGCAGCUGCAUAGUGGCGAAAUUCCAAGUCCUGGCUCUGCGUUUGCCUUGUGCUGAAGUUCAGAAUGCCUCUGACGCUCACGCACCCCAAAUGGACACAGAGGUCCCCUCAGCAGCCCCGUGGGCAGUGCUGAGCUUGGAAGUGGGAGGUUCUGAAGGCAUCGGAGGCCCGACUUCUGGACUUCGGAGAGCGUGAAGCUGCCUGGGUCGCAAGCUCAUUGUGAACUGUUCGCUUGUUCCCUCCAGGCUCAUACCCGGGCUCUGACUCCAGCCAAAGCAUGAAUGGCCUUGAAGUGGCCCCCCCAGGUCUGAUCAGCAACUUCUCCCUGGCCACGGCAGAGCAAUGUGGCCAGGAGACGCCACUGGAGAACAUGCUAUUCGCCUCCUUCUACCUCCUGGAUUUUAUCCUGGCUUUCGUUGGCAAUACCCUGGCUCUGUGGCUUUUCAUCCGAGACCACAAGUCCGGGACCCCAGCCAACGUGUUCCUGAUGCAUCUGGCCGUGGCCGACUUGUCGUGCGUGCUGGUCCUGCCCACCCGCCUGGUCUACCACUUCUCUGGGAACCACUGGCCGUUUGGAGAAAUCGCAUGCCGUCUCACCGGCUUCCUCUUCUACCUCAACAUGUAUGCCAGCAUCUACUUCCUCACCUGCAUCAGCGCCGACCGCUUCCUGGCCAUCGUGCACCCGGUCAAGUCCCUCAAGCUCCGCAGGCCCCUCUACGCACACCUGGCCUGUGCCUUCCUGUGGGUGGUGGUGGCCGUGGCCAUGGCCCCGCUGCUGGUGAGCCAGCAGACCGUGCAGACCAACCACACGGUGGUGUGCCUGCAGCUGUACCGGGAGAAGGCCUCCCACCAUGCCCUGGUGUCCCUGGCCGUGGCCUUCACCUUCCCGUUCGUCACCACGGUCACCUGCUACCUGCUGAUCAUCCGCAGCCUGCGGCAGGGCCUGCGUGUGGAGAAGCGCCUCAAGAGCAAGGCGGUGCGCAUGAUCGCCAUCGUGCUGGCCAUCUUCCUGGUCUGCUUCGUGCCCUACCACGUCAACCGCUCCGUCUAUGUGCUGCACUACCACAGCGGUGGGAUCUCCUGUGCCACCCAGCGGCUCCUGGCCCUGGGAAACCGCAUCACCUCCUGCCUCACCAGCCUCAACGGGGCGCUCGACCCCAUCAUGUAUUUCUUUGUGGCUGAGAAGUUCCGCCACGCCCUGUGCAACUUGCUCUGUGGCAAAAGGCUCAAGGGCCCGCCCCCCAGCUUCGAAGGGAAAACCAACGAAAGCUCGCUGAGUGCCAAGUCAGAGUUGUGAGCGGGGGGCGCUGUCCAGGCCGAGCGCAGACUGUUUAGGACUCAGCAGACUCAGCAAGAGGCAUCUGCCAUUUCCCCAGCCACCUCCCCAGCAGGCAACCUGAAAUCUCAGCAGAUGGCCACCGUUCCUCUAGACCGCCUAGUCUCAAUCCCUGGAAAGGGAGAACUGACGAAGGGGAUCCAUCGGCCACCCCUCUGCCGGGGCUUGUGAUGCUUACAACAGCUCCUAGACACUCAACGACGUCAUCCGCGGCCAGGAGAGAAGAGGCCGGAAGAACAACCCCUGAACAAUGGACGCCUUUCUUUCCCACUAGGCUCCCAGCCUCCUUCCUGCUACAGAAUCGCUCAGCAACCAGGCUCUGCAGAAAGACCCGGAAGGCAGGCAGAAGAGGGACCUGGGAGUCCUGGUGGGGGCAGGGAGGGAGCCUCAAUAUUCCUUUGCAGUACAAGGUACCCUGAAUCCCCUCUGUGGUGUCUCUGCCAGACACACACUGCCUCAGCUGAAGGGACACAGGCCACACAUUUCAGGCUGGUUGCCAGGGGACCUCAGCACUCACGGCCUGCAGGGACUGAGCACAGCUCUGGAUUCUGGAUCUCUCCUGCUGUAACCCCACACACAGGCUUGCAACCCCCAGAGCUCUUUGGCAGGCUCCCGGGCCUCCCAGUCCUGGACAAGCAAGUCCUGUGUAGUCAUGGGAGCUCAGCUCAGGCCAGGGCUGCGCUGUGCACCUGCCUCCCACUGACCCAGACCCCCUUCCUCCAGAGGCCUCUCUGCCUGAGCUAUUUCCCUUGUUCACGUGCAGGUAUUUCCCUAACAUGUCCUUUGUAUUUGUUUGUACAGACCACAAACACAACUGUAGCUUU